AUGUCUUCCAAAUCCACACCCACUGAAUAUCCAAGUAUCCAGAUGAGGAUGGCGGCAGUGCUGUUGCUCACCGUGGUGUCCCUGGCAGGAGUGGCCGCCGGAGCGCGCGCCGGCGGCGUCGCGAUCUACUGGGGCCAGAACGGCAACGAGGGCACGCUGGCGCAGACGUGCGCGUCCGGCAACUACAGGUUCGUCAACGUCGCCUUCCUCUACACCUUCGGAAAGGGCCAGACGCCGCUGCUGAACCUGGCCGGCCACUGCGACCCGGCCUCCAACGGCUGCACCUCCGUGGGCGCCGACGUCAAGUCCUGCCAGAGUCUCGGCAUCAAGGUCUUGCUCUCCAUCGGCGGCGGCGUCGGCAGCUACGGCCUCUCCUCCUGCGCCGAUGCCAGGGUCGUCGCGAGGUACCUCUGGGACAACUACCUCGGCGGCACGUCGCCGUCGAGGCCCCUCGGGGACGCCGUCCUCGACGGCGUCGACUUCGACAUCGAGAGCGGCAACAGCGCGCACUGGGACAGCCUGGCCAAGUACCUCAAAGCGUACUCGCGGCGGGGGCGCGAGCGCAAGACGGUGUACCUGGCGGCGGCGCCGCAGUGCCCGUUCCCGGACGCGUCCCUCGGCGAGGCGCUCAAGACCGGCCUGUUUGACUACGUGUGGGUGCAGUUCUAUAACAAUCCGCCGUGCCAGUACACCACGGCCGGCGGGGUGAGCAACCUGGCGAGCGCGUGGGAACAGUGGACGCGUAUACCGGCGGGGCAGGUCUUCCUUGGGCUACCGGCGGCGCCCGAGGCCGCCGGCAGCGGUUUCGUGGAGGCGAGCGACCUGGUGUCGAAGGUGCUGCCGGUGGUGAAGAAGUCGAGCAAGUACGGUGGUAUCAUGCUGUGGUCGAGGUUCUACGACUUGCAGACGGGGUACACUGACAAGGUCAAGCCCAGCGUUUGAGCUGAUAUUAAGCGUGCGUCAGGAGUAAGUGCUGCAAUUAAACAUGUUCUGACGGCUGAUACAGCGUGUCAUGCACUCGCUCCGUGCUAAAAAUAUGUUGCGUAUAAUGUUUUAGCUCAAAUCAAACCUUAUAAAAUUUGACUAAGUGUAUACCAAAAAAUAUCAAAAACCACUAUACCAAAUAUAUACAAUAUGAAAAUAUAUGUUAUAAUAAUUUUAGUCACAAUGAUUUGGUAUUAUAAAGGUUGAUAUAUUUUGCGA